AUGCCCAACGCACACGGACAAUAUGACAGCGUCCUGAUGAUGGAAUGGGGUGACGUACUCGAAGGAAGGAGGCACGAUGUAUGUGCCGAUGUAGAUGCAAAGAAGAGGAUUGCUGGAUUCAACGACAAAGAACAAUUUGAUGAAGCGGAGGACGAAGUAGAAAGUUUGAAGAGAAACAAGGAAGCAGAAGGGCAGGGUCCGGAAACUCAGAAGAAAGGCUCGUGGCUGACUUCUCUGGAAAGAUUCCGAUAUCAGACUGAUGAGGAGGAGGGGUUGACGAUGCGGAAGAGCAAGGAAAUGGAAGAGAAAUCGGAAGAGGGGAAGCGAGUAGUUAAGAAGGCUGUUGUGGCUGGGGUGUUUGGGGAAAGUGAAGCAAAGAUAACAAGCCGUCCAGAGAUGAUGGAAGUCGGCAGAAGAGCUUUGGGUAGGAAGUGGAAAGGGGAAAGGCACAGGGAAGGGAGAAGAUGGAAGAGGAAGGAUUGGGGAAGUCAGAGACGGAGCCGGUCCUCCUUCACUCCGUGCAUCCCGGCCCAAGCCAUCAUACUGGCUGGAUUCACUGCCGCUACUAACAAAGGGAACUACCGAAGGUGCUUUUUCUCUCAAGCCUUUGUCGAGGGUGGGGUGGCGGCAACGGCUGGGCAAGCAACCUGCCUCUCCAACAUGGCAGUCACCCGAGAGAUACCACACCCGAUUAAAGCAUCGGAACAGAUGAUCUGA